UCAACAAACUUUUUUUUCGAGAAAAAAAGGAGAACAUUUCGUUAGUUCAUUCAUACAAGUCUAUACAAUAUUUUUAUUAAAAAAAUAAGAUACGAAGAGAAAAAGUGAAGAAAGAAAAAGGAAGAAGAAAAAAAAAAUCGCGAUUCGUUGCAAUUUAUUCGGUGUGAUGUAUCUGUUUCAUUUAUAUUUCUGUGAUCCAAAAAUGAUUUGAGAGUUGCGGUGUAAUCGGUGUGGUUUUUAUUAUUUUGUCUCGAUGAACAAUGUUCUAUUUCUCCGUGUUUAAAUUUUGAGACGAAACCGACACAGUGAGAGACAGAGAAAGAAAAACAAAAACAAAACGUUUGGCCGAGCACACCAACCCAAACGGCUCCUCAUUGAAACAAUAGAAAGUAAAUAGAAAACAAACAAUUCAGCGUGAAAUAGAGAUGAAAAAUAACGAAGAUGUGAAAAAUAACAACCAAGAAUUUCGACAAGAUAAAAAAUUAAAUAAAACAAUGAGCAUUUCGUGACGAAAACAUACACAAAUUAUAAAAAUUUGAACAUUUCUAUACAGAAAAUUGGUAUACGUCAAAAUACAAAAUCAAAGAGACUGAAAGUGCCUUGUUUUAUGCUUCAUUUUUUUUCUUUUCUUCUGCCAAUAAUUUCUUUACAUCAAUAAGCAACCAAUUACAAAAUUAUACCAAGUGAUCCAUGUGUGUAUAAAGAGUGCGAGUGCCAGAAUGUGCGAGUGUGAAUAGAUGGUACGUCAAAAUAUUUGGAAUUAUGGAACGGUAGGGACUAGAAGUCCUGAAUUAGUGAAUCAAUUUUUGUUUUAAAUUAAUUAGUUCGAAAUAUAUGCAGAGACUCUAUUCGAUCUAUAAAAUAAGUGUGCUUCGUAUUGUUUUUCCAUUUUUCGCUGGCGAUCGCGUAAAUAUUUUGCAAUGAACAUCAAAUUGAUGAAUUUGUGUAUUUUGCCAAAGCGUAAAAAAUGUUCCAAAUAUCAAAUAUGAAAUAAGUGUAAUUGAAACGUAUUCACAUUUGCACGAAUUAAAAAGAAGCAACGGAGUAGAAAGAAAAAAAAUUAUCACAAACUUCCAGAACCGAAUCUAUUCAUUCAAAUGAGAGAUUGUUCCAGAGAGACAACAUUAGUCAUAUAUAUAUAUACAAAACGUGAAAACCUUAAGUGCUGAAUAUAACAUAAAUGAAAACUACAUUACGGAUAGACUGAUAUCGUUUUGAAUGUUCAAAUAAAGAAUGUGAAAUUGUUUUACAGUAUUUAUCAUAUGAAGAACAAAGCAUAAAUAAAUCAAACGCAAACAAACAAAAAUUUAAAAUAAUAAAAAAAAAACUAAGAAGCACGAUCAAGAGAGAUAAAGCAGCAAUUGAUUGGAUAGGUAUUUUGUGUGCGAUCAGUGUAUGCACACACAAAACACGACUAUUAAGAAUUUAUGGAUAGCACGUCACAGCCGGGACUGCCGGAGAGAUCUCAAGGCGGCGGAACUUAUUUAAAUGGUGCUAGUCAUAGACGUCCACAAACACUAAUGUCGCCGGUAGGAGUUGAACGCAAUAAAAAUGAUAAAAUCGAAUUAACCAUAACCAUUCAAAAGGAUGCUUCUGGCUAUGGCAUGAAGGUAUCGGGUGAUAAACCUGUCUUUGUCGAAAGCGUCAAGACAGGAGGUGCGGCUCACAUGGCUGGUUUAAUGGAAGGUGAUAUGAUUGUCAAGGUGAACGGUGAAGAGGCCAAAACUUUGAAUCAUACAAAAGUCGUGCAUUUAAUUAAAGACAAAUCACCCGUUAUACUGACCGUGAGCCGUGUGCAAACGAAGAUGCAGCGAUCAUCAUCGAUAUCGGUUGGGACGCCAACGUCUUUAAAUCAGCGUGCCCCCAUCACAGCACCAUUGCCAGUUGAUUCAAGUACACGACGCGAAGUUGAAUUUACGCGAAUAAAUACACUUCGGCUGAUGAUGGACCAAGAGAAAAAGAAUUUGGAAAAUCUAAAAACAUCAAAUAAUGCGAAUCGUAACGAUAUCGCCCAAGCCGAAACGAACAUUUUGCGGUUACAGGAACAAUUACGUCAAAUGCACGGCGAGGAUCCAACGUUAUUGCAUUUCAAUCCAAUAACACCGUCAACACUGCUAAAUGUAACAGCGCCAAUAAUAAAUCCAUCAACCGUUCAAUCGUCCAUAACGCCAGCGUUCCUAUCGAGAUUUCCGCGUUCAUUGUCGUCACUGAGUUUGGGCGGCAAGAAAAAAUCCAUCGAUAAAGAAAUGGCCAAUUCAAGCCUAACCACACCAAAUACAAGUGGCAAUGCCGAUCAUUUGUUACAUUCACCCGUAUCGGCUGCAGCGGCCGCUGCUGGAUUGCAUCAUCAUUCGUCGCACAAUGCACUAUUGUCAGCGGUUAAAAAUAAAUUCACAUCCGAAUCGACGCCGGUUGAAUUACGGCCCGGUUUUGUUGAUAAAAAUCGAUCAAAAAAUCAGCAUCAACCGCCGCCAUUACCAUUAAGAAAUUUUCCGCGUCGUUCACAACCGGCUCCAAGUCCAGCCACCGCUGAUGGUAUCGAUGUCGGUGAUAAUUUGAUUGAUUUAACGACAUCACCAUCGUCGGCCGGUGUUAAGAAAAAAGGAAAAUCAACGUCGGCCGAUAUUGAUAAUAAGACCAAUAACAAUGACAAAGCCAGCAAAAGUUCAUCGAGCAGCAGCAAUAGUUCAUUGUCGGCAGCCACAUCGGCCGCAAAUAAAGUGAAAAAACGUAGCAAAGCCAAAAUCAAAGCAAAUUCCGAUCCAAAGAUUAGCGCUCAACUCUUUAUCCAAAUGGAACAACGUGAAUAUGACAAACAAGAUUUAAUUGCAGCGACUGGACAUUCGAUUGCAAAUGAACCGCCACCAUUGCCGCCACGUCAACCGGGCAUGCUCGAAGAAAAUCAAAAUUUUAUCAACAAUAAUAAAUGCGGUUCAAAUGCUGCACAGCAGCAGCGGCCACCAUCAAAUAGUCUUGAAACACGUAUGAAUUAUCCGUUAAUUGCAACGGCGACAGCCGUUCGUGACAACAUUUCACCAUUCCCACUAUCGAAUCGCCCAAAUAUACGGCAACGUUUGCAACAAUCAAACACGCAUCAACAUGCUCUUGGCUUGACACCACAUCAAAUUAAUCAGCUAAACAAUACGUCACCACAUCGUCGCGUUGUAUCAUCGCCAGAACAGCAUUUACAUUCCCGUGAUUCGGACACGUUUGAUGACGAAACGACGCCACCAGGUACUCCCCCGCCGCCAUAUAAAAACAAAACAAAAUCCACAAGCGACGCUAAACAACAUCCAAUGGUGCCGAAACGCAAUUAUUUCCAAUCAACACCGUGUUCAAAUGAUUCAGUACAAAAUAAUCCGAAUGCACACAAUUUGAGUGAACACGAUGAAUUUAUGUUGAAUGAAAGUAUAUUCAAUACAUCAACAUCAUCGGCCACAUCGUUCGGUGCAAAUGGUAGCAACAUAUCAGCGGCCCAAGCAAACAUUUUACAACGUCAAAUCAUUUCUAUGGAAGACGAUGAAUUGGUCGAUGAUCAAGAUUCAAUAAGCGAUGAUCAUGGACCAUUCAAAUCCUUGCAACAGUUGAUUGAACCAGAGAACUCACUAUAUUUGGCAGUGUUUUUAAAUUUUGUUCUAUCCAAUUCGAAUCCAUCGCAGUUAUUAUUCUAUUUAAUAACAGGUCUAUACAAAGAAGGCACCGUCAAAGAUAUGCGAAAAUGGGCAUAUGAAAUUCAUUCGACAUUUUUGGUGCCACGUGCCCCACUUAUGUGGGAAGGUGUUGAUGAAUCGUUGGCCCGCGAAGUGGACAAUGUACUACAAAAUGAACAUGAUAAAGGUGAAAUUUUGCGGAAAAUCUUUUACAAAGGUCGAGCACGUGCCAAAGAAUGUAUCGUUCAACAAUUGGCCGAAUUCCAAACGAAACGAACGGCCGGUUUGGGUACAAUGUUUGGACCAAGUGAUCAACAAUUGCAUGAAGCCAAAGGUGAUAAGGUGCGUGAACAGCGAAUUGUUGAAGAAACUCUAUUGCCAAAGUUGCAACAGCUCGUUGACGACCUGGAAAAAGAUGCAUCGAAUGAAUGUCCGAAAAAGAUGGCAUUAUCAUCGGCAUUGUCAACCGUAUUGCAUCGCACAUUUUUGAUAACGCGUUCAACACCGGGCGGACCAAUUGAACGUGUUCAUCAUUUUGUGAGCCGUGAAAAGAGUUUUAAGAGCCGUUUGAUUGGAAAAAAUCGUAAAAUUAUGGUGCGAGGUCAUCAUUUAGUCCUUAAACAGUAUUAUGAAGUGGCCCAUUGCAAUCAUUGUCAAAAUAUCAUUUGGGGUGUCAGUCCACAAGGUUAUCAUUGUACGAAUUGUGAAUUGAACAUUCAUCGAGCAUGCUCGCGUAUAUUGGAAGAAAGUUGCCCAGGUCCGGUACCAACGAAAAAUGAUAAAAUGAGCAAAUUUAUUGAAAAAAUACGACCAACACACUACUUUAAUCCCGCGGAACGAUCGAGACGUCAAGAGGAUGAAUGUGGUGAUGAUCUGCUGCAAGUUGAUCGUCCUUCACAAGCGUCAGUGGUACGUCAACCAUCUGAUCGUCGAUCGGAUCCAAAUAAUUCACUUAAUUCAACCGCACAAAGUAACCAUCCCACCACAAAUGAAUUCAAUACAUCGCAUUCCAUUGAUAACGAAACAAGCAUCCAUGAGGUUGACAACGAAAAUCGAGACAGCACAAAAUCAAAAUCAGCGCCCGUAUCAGUGAAUCGCUCUGAAUCGUAUAAAGAGCGACUAUCCCACAAGAGAAACCAUCGAAAUAAUCGCCGAAAGAUAUCCGAUCCGAGUCUAUCAUCGAAAUCCAAUGAGGAUCAACAUGUCGAUUUGGGCAUAAAUAAUACCAAUUUCACGGCAAGUUCGAGUUCUAGUCUCUCAUCCAGCCUCGGUAGUAAUAGCCCAUCAUUGGAAGCGGUUAGCACACCGAUUGGCCAUCAAGUGGCAUCGUGUGCGCCGCGUCAAUGGGUUGAUAGUGAAGACGAGGGUGGCGACCAAGAGGCCGACUGGAGCUCACACGUUAGCCCGGAUAUUUUACAAACACUUUCCGAUACGGAAAAACGACGACAGGAAAUUAUUAACGAAAUUUAUCAAACCGAACGAAAUCAUGUGCGGACACUUCGAUUGCUCGAGGGAAUAUUUAUGCGUCCGCUACAAGAUUCGUCAGCGCUGACAGUGGAACAUUUUAAUUUGCUGUUUCCGCCAUCGUUGCUUGUGCUCAAAGAUUUGCAUCGAAAUUUUAAACAGCAGCUGGAACAACGACGAGGUGAUCAAGAGCCAUUGGUUGAAGAAAUUGGUGAUUUGCUAUUAUCAAUGUUUGAUGGUAAUGCCGGUGAUCAAUUGCGUGAGCAUGCGGCUUCAUUUUGUGCACGACAAAAAAUCGCUCUUGAAGCGCUUAAAGAGAAGCGCCGCAAGGAUGCAAAACUUCAACAAUUGUUGACCGAAGCUGAAUCGCAUAAAGCUUGUAGACGUUUACAAUUGAAAGAUCUAUUGCCAACUGUAUUGCAACGACUUACAAAAUAUCCAUUGUUAUUUGAAAGUUUGGCCAAAAUAUCGAUUAAAGUUGCACCGGACAAUGAAAAGGAAACACAGGCCAUACAACGUGCACGCGAAUUAUCGAGACGCAUUUUGGAUCAUGUUAAUCAAGCGGUGCGAGAAGCUGAAGACACACAUACAUUGCAAACGAUUCAAAAACGCUUGGACAAAUCACUCUACGAAAAGGAACCAAAUAACGAAUUUAAACAUUUGGACCUAACACAACAUAAACUAAUCUACGAAGGUACUCUUACUCAUAAGAAGCAGCCACAAGAGCAGCUGCACGGUCUUCUAUUUGAAACGAUGGUCGUUUUAUUGCACAAAAAGGACGAUAAAUACAUACUCAAACACUUGGUGAGCCCUGGUUCAACGGGUGGCGAGAGUAAAAAUGAGAUUCGUUUCAAUCCAAUAACAAAAAUCAACUUGAUUCUAGUUCGUCAAUCGGCUGUGGAAAAGAAUUCCUUUUAUUUAAUCAAUACGAAUGUAACGCAAAUGUUAGAGUUAACCGCUCCCAGCGCUUUAGAGUGCAAAACGUGGUUUAAUCACAUAUCAGCCGCUGCCGAGGCGUAUAAACAACGAACAAAGAGUAAUCAUGACAUAACACCAGUCGAAGAUCCAUCCAGUGUUACGAUACCAUCUAGUGCAACGACAAAAGAAACAGCCGCUGAUCAUGAAUUUGUCACGAGUGGCACAACUAGUGGAUUAACUGCAUCUAAUUCAAUUGCAACUGCCGAUACCGCACACAAUCAAUCUCUGGACGGACAAAAAGACACCGCUCGACAUAACACGAGCAACGAUGGUGAAGCAUUCGACCGUGAACAUGAUUAUAUUAAUAUAAAUGGAAGUGGUGCCAGAGCAACAGCCAAAUCUGAAGAGGAUGUGUGCGACAAAGCCAAUCGGAAAUCUGAAUUGUUUUCCAAUAAUUCAAAUAAUACGAGGACAUUAACACAGCAAUCAUCGUUAGUGGCACCGAGUGAGGUUCAUAUUAGCAUUAGUCCAGCACUUACGGCUGAGCCUGUUCUAACACCAAAUGAACGACUGAGACGCCUGGAUGAAUCGAUAAGACUCACUUUGUCCGAAAAGCAAAAAAUCGUUUGUGAUAUAUUUAGAGUACCGAAUGAGCAUUUUUCAGCGAUUGCAGAUAUAGCUGGUCAACCAGAGGCUCCUAAGGAGCCAUCGGAUUUAUUAUUGGCUGCAUUUGCUCAAGUUCAAUCGCUAACCGAAGCAUUGAAUGAGUAUAUAAAAAUUCCACAAAUUCAACCGACUGAGAUGCUGGUGAAUUCAACGUCUCUGUGUGAUGAUUGUUUCAAAAAUGCGGAAAAACAAUGUGAAGAGCAGCAAACAAAAACAGUAUCGGUACCGUUAGCUCCAAUGCCACCGUUGCCUCAAUCGCAAAACAAUAGCACAAGCUGCAGUAAUAAUAGUCAAUCGGCAUCAACUGUGAUUAAUAAUAAAUUAACCGAAAGUACGACGUCAAUUGAUGCGGUAAGCAUUUUGCCCGAUGACGAUGGCUAUUGUGAAAUUGAUGAAAUCCGAUUACCGGCAAUCACAAAAUCACCAUCGAUCAAAAUCAAUGACCCGCGGCGACAAUCGGCGGCUGCUCCACUCCCACCGGAAGCAAUCGAUGAAACAACCAGCAACAAAAAAACGGACUCGUUGAAUGAUACACAAGCACCACCACCACCGCCUCCACCAAAUAAAACAUCAGCAAAUGGCAGCGGUACGAAAUCAAAGCAUAACAAUCAAGAUACAACGAUAAAUGAACAAAUAUCGAAUGCAUCAAGUAAUUCAGCAUCCACUACAACCAACACCAAUACAAUUGUAUUAAAUAAGGCCAGCGGUUCAGAUACGGAGCAUAUCGAAGUAAAUUAUGCAUACGAUUCGUUGACACAACCAUUGGCCGAACUGAAUUUGAACAGUGAAGCGCAGGCAAAAUUAAAUAAUGGUGCCAAUGCCAUCAUCAGUAGCAGCAAAAUAUUAAAAACGACGACAUGCGACAGUUUUUGUUUGCCACCCGAAACCAAUAUUGUUGGCUUACAACAUUCUGUACCAUCGAUACCCUGCCAUCUCAUAUCAGCCUAUGUGGCAUCACUAAAUUUACACAUUUCACAAUUAUUGCCGAAAUUGAAUGAACGUGAUAUCGAACGUGAAAAAUUACGAAAAGAGAAUCAAUUGUUGCGUGAUCGACUGAAUUCAAUGCAUGAACGGGAGCAAUCCACGCAAUCGGAAAACUAAGAACAGUUUGCCUGAUUUUGGAUUUUUUUUUUUUUUGAAAUUGGCAAUGGCAUUAAAAGAUAAAUAACAACUAGCGACUUAACGAGAAAUUGAAGAAAAAAAAAGAAGAAAUUUAUCCAAAAAAACGCAGAUAGAUAGAGAUAAUUGUGAAAAAAAGAGGAAUUGUUGCCUAAGUUUACAGUUUACAUAAUCAUUUUUUGAGAGAAUCAAAUCGAAAUGACCAAUUUUUUUAGUCUAGCUGUCAUAAUUUGUGUGUAAAGUGUUUUAACUUUGCCAUGCCGGCCUUUUUUUGUAAAAUGUAUUUGUAAUUUAAAAAAAAAGAAGAAGAAGAAAAGAACAAGAUUUGAGCUACUAUAUUGUGCCACCAAAUUGAGAUCUAGAAAUAAAACAGAGAGUUCGUCUGUACGAUUUUUUGAUUGUUGUCAAAUCUCGCUCAUUCUCUCAUUAUCUCGCCCUCUCGGACAGCAAUUUAUUUUUGAAGAGAAUAUAAUUUUACAUGUUUUCUUUAUUGAAUUGAUGAUUGUUCAUUUGUUUGCGGUAUUCAUUUAUACAUUUCACAUAAUAUAAUUGUUAAGAUUUUACGAUGCACACACACACGUGUGCGAGAAAAUUGUACGAUUUUCAGUAAUCGUUCGGUUUUAGCAGGUUCGCUAUAGAAUUUUUUCUCUGUCAAUUGCAUUGAUCGCGAGUUAGGUUGUAAUUUUUUCUUUUGCUUGCACUUGUUGUGUUGAGAACAAAAUAAUGGCAAUCGCAAAUGCGAUUCGUUUCUUUUGAAUGACGUUAAUUUACAAACGGCAAAAACACAAAGUGAAAUACAACUUAUGAACUCUUGAAAACAGAAGAGGAAAAAAAACAAGUAAAAUUACAUCCAAAUCAAAGUGAGAGAAAUUAACGUGUAUAUAAUCAGCAAUGCAUAUAAUCGUACUAUAUAACCACAAUUCAUAAUAGAAGACAUAUGAUACACAUAUACUGUAUUUUCAUUUAAAUCUUUAUGCUAUUUUUGUUUUCCUUCAAUUUUUUUUUUUCAUUCGACAUCGAAUGAAUAGUAAUGUGUAAAUUAAAAGUUUUGUUAAUUACGACACCCUCCCCACUCUCCUUUCAAUUGAACGAUAAAGAAAUAAAUGGAAAAAAAGAUAGCGAGAACAACUAGUUUCGAACAUGUAUACUUGAAUAACGUACACUUUGAAAUAGACGUAAAUGAUAUGUUAGACGAGAAGUUUAUGAAAACCAAUACACAUAGAUAAUAUAACUUGGCAAACGAUAAAAAAAGAAACAAUUUUUGUUUUUGCUUUUGUAAGACAACAGCCAAACAAGAGCAAUUUUAGUUUAAACGAUUGAAUGAAAUUAUGGUUUUUCUUUGUUUAUUGAUUUUGAAAGAAGAAUAGAAUAAGAAAUGAGGAAACAAAUGCAUAAUCAAGAGGAAACACAUAAGUAGCAGUUUAAAAACCGGUAUAGCAAAAUAGAUAACGCCUUUGCUUUCUUCCAUUGUGUUUAAAUGAUUUGUUUUUCUUGGCGUUUUGCAUUUGAAGGUUUCGUAUUUAAGGGUAACAAAUAAUUUAUGGUUUUGGGGCGAAUCAAAAAUCUUAGGAAUAACUGUUACUAAUAAACCUAUUACUUUUCUAGUAGUGUGAAGCGAGUAGAAGUAGCAAAUAACCAACUGAAAAUGAAUCUUAUUGAAUUGCCUUUUCAUUAUUAAUGAGUGUACUGAUCCCAUUUAUGCAUAUAACUCAUUGAAAACUUUUCGUCUCAGAAUAUGUAUGAAAAACAUUUCAUAUUUUGUAAUAUGAAGAGUGUAUUGCGUAUGGAAGAAUACUUCAAUUAAAACUAUGUAUUCACGGUAUACAUAUGAAUGAAAACAAAAGAGCAUACAAAAAAAAAAUCAUGUUGCUCUUUUAUUCGGGAUUUGAGCUCACUUUAAUCCUCACCCGUUCAUAUGAUGGAUAUAAUGGGAUCAAUUUCAUAAUCACAGAUUAUAAGGGGAUAUGUUUUUCCUUUCAAAAUCACACAGAACGAAAAAUUUUCUGAGUUAUUCUACUCCCAAUCUAAUAAAGAUCGAAAAAAAUGAGCGAAAUUCUGAAUCAAUUAACACAAACCAGAUGCUUGAAGAUCAAAAAAUUUCAUUCAUUUUAAUGCUAAGCUAUAGGAAAAAGUGUAUUGUGUAAUCAUAAAAUAGGGUGGACGGAAUCUUUCGAUUCAUUCGAGUAUAGGUAAUUCUUAAAUCGCCAAGUGAGAGAAAAUGUGGAAAAUCAAU